AAUACUGGCAGCGAUGGCCACCAUUUAUCUGAUAUUUGUCGAGUUUGUAUUCAGCAAUGUCUUCUCCCGGAGCCAGAGCUGCGGAAUGUCCAUGCAACAUGAUGGCAACUCUUGUGUUACAUUGAAAUUCAAAGUAUUAUUAUUAAUCGUAUUAUACUUAUUGGUUGUUAUAUAUCAUUGUCGACUCAUUGAGAGGACAUCCCGACUGGACUUCCUAUGGAAACUGAGAGCCCAUAAGGAGCUGCACGACAUGCGUGAGCUCUCUCUCUCUCUCCCAGAGCUGUACGCCCAGUCCUAUGCCAACUGUGUAGUACUGUUCGGAUCGAUACCAAACUUUGCCAACAUACACACACACACACACACACAACGACACAUUCGUCUAUUAAAUGAAAUUAUAUUUGAUUUUGAUCAGCUCUUAGAGGACGAACAGUUUACAUGUAUUGAAAAAAUUAAGACAAUUAGCAGCACUUAUAUGGCGGCCGCCGGACUAAAUCCAAGAGAUCAGGGCAAAUCAAUUGGCUAUUUGUUGGCCUCAGUCGCCGAUUUGGCCCUAUCUAUGAAGGAUGCCUUAGAAGAUGUUAAUAAACAUUCAUUCAAUAAUUUUAAACUAAGAAUCGGUUUAACUCACGGCCCGGUUGUCGGCGGUGUUAUCGGUGCCAAAAAGCCUGUCUACGAUAUUUGGGGAAACACUGUUAAUGAGGCCUCUCGUAUGGAUUCAACCGGAAAUAUAGAUCAAAUUCAAAUCCCAAAGGCGUCGGCCGUUAUACUGGAAACGGAAGGCUUUCGGUGUCAGUAUCGGGGACUGGUAGCCGUUAAGGGUAAGGGCGAUAUGGAAACCUAUUAUCUGGUCGGCCGUAAAAUUGAACGAAGCAAAUCGUGCGGCCGAUCGCAGUACGGGGCCGACGGUAGCGGCGGUCGCCACUCGAUGACAGCCGUACUGUCGGCAAUGGUUCAGAACAGGAAAAAACAGUCACUCGGUUCCAGUCUAUCGGUGCCGUCAAACAAACACCAACAACAACAACAACAACACCCACAACACCAACAGCUAAGGCCACGCGGGUUGUCCUCAUCGACAGCUUCGGGCGGACUGUCGUCACUGAGUUUUAACUUUCGGAAAUCGGCCCGAAAUCUCGGUACUCAUCGUCUGAAUCGUAUGCGAUCGGAGAUGUCGUCUACCGGCCGAUCCAAACAUCGGACGUCGACAACAACAACGACUACUACCGGUUUUAUCGGUAAUAUACUGCAGGAGCCCAAUAUUCACGAAUCGGCAGCCAGUAGUCACUCGGUUCCCGAUAUUAUUAAAGCCAAAGACUGUGACACUAGCGGUAGUAGUCAUCACACGAUAAUCAAUAUAUAAGACAUAUAUAUAUUAUAAAUAUAUAUAUCUAAACCAAAAAAAAAAA